AUGCUGGGUGAAGAUACGAUCCGGUCGCUGAAGCGGUCCAAAAGCGAUGUAGAUGAUCUCGUUCCUUUGGGCGAGAUUACUCCUCGUGGCAACGCUUCGAGCACCCCGCGCACACGAGGCUCUCGUGCAUUCUCGUUGACCAACCUUGCCAAACUUACUGACUCGAUCAGAAGAAAGAGCAGAUCAAACUCUAGCCGAUCAAGCUCUACAAUCGACAAGGAUAGCAUCUCGAGUCCUAUCACAGAUCCAAGAAGCCCUUUGUGUCCACUCACACCUACCUCGCCCUUCGCUGCAUCGCCGUCGCCACUGGUCAAGACGAGAUCUAAUCCAAGUCCGCACCCGUUCUUCACAGCUGCACGCCCAGCUACCAAACACACGCACUCGGUCUCUGAUCCCACGAGCAAUCAGUCUCCGCCAGCUCGACCGCGAAUCGCUGCUUACCCACCGUUCGCAUCACCCACCGCACAGAGCUUCAGCAGCGCGGACACUGUGAUAGGGAGCCCACUCGAGCGCAUUGCAGAGACGCCCUUCGAUUGCGAUCACGACAGCGAACACCUGGACCUCGACCGAGUUGACAGACGAUUGGCAGACAUGGAGACAAUACGAAACUCGCUGCUGCCGCCAGCAAUGGUGACGGGCACGAAAGCCCGUGCCAUAGGGCAGGCGAAGGAGAUGGAAGCGCUUGUGGCAGAAAGGGCGAAACGCAGUGGCGAUGAGCCGCCGCAGUACGACUUUUACGAACUUAUUGGCAAGGGCGCCUACGGACGUGUGUUCAAAGGCAAGAGCCGCAGGACUGACAAUCUUGUCGCUAUCAAGAUCAUCGACAUUGAUACAGUCGACUACCAGGAGAUGACGACGAAGAACUUGUCUGAGACCUUGAAAGAGAUCGACAUUCUGCAGCAACUCAGAGACAGUAGAGCACGACCCUACGUGAACAUCAUCGAGGAAGCGAAGGCAGUGCACAACGAACUUUGGAUCAUAAGCGAGUACGCCAGCGGUGGCAGUGUUGCUACGUUGAUGAAGCCGAUGGCAAUGCUGAAGGAUCCUGGACCUGGACUGCCGGAGAAGUUCAUCAUCCCGAUCGCCCGUGAAUUGGCACUCGGUCUGAAGUAUAUUCACGAGGCUGGCGUUCUGCAUCGAGACAUGAAAUCAAACAACGUCCUCAUUCUUGAAGACGGCCGCGUGCAAUUGUGCGAUUUCGGUGUAUCUGGAACGCUUGAGCCGCAGAAGUCAAAACGUACGACCAUCGUGGGCACGCCUUUUUGGAUGGCUCCCGAACUCCAGCGGGAGUGGAUCAAAGACGCCGAUCCGCACAGCUUAGCAAAGCCUAGGGAGAUUCUGUACGGCUCCGAAGUCGACAUCUGGGCGUAUGGCUGCACAGUGUACGAAAUGGCUUGCGGCUUCCCACCACAUCACCGGUCGGCACCUUUCGAUUUGCCAAACGCUGGUGUACCAGUGCUCGAGGGCGAUCGGUACUCAGACGAGCUCAAAGACUUCGUGUCUUUCUUGCUUCAGCCCGAUCCUCAAGAUCGUCCUACGCCGGACGAAAUUCUUGAGCACGUCUACCUGAAGGACUCGACGAAGAUGUAUCCUACGGUGAUGCUGGUCAAGCUGGUCGAGGACUACUAUGCCUGGGAACAACAAGGUGGCGCUCGUCAGUCACUCUUCAACGUUUUUGGUGCACAAGCCCCCGAUCCGCUCGCUCCAGAGACCGACGAUGACGAAGAUGACGAUUGGACUUUUAGUACGUCUGAAGAAUUCGAACAAGAGCAUGCGCCGCAGUUUUCGGAUCCAUUCAUCGGCGGCGCUGCGGGCCACUCUUACAUGGGACUUCCUCCGGUGGCGGAUAUGGGACGAUUUGAACAGCUGCAGGCUAGAUUCAAGGAAGAGUCGAUCACAAGAGGACAGAAGCGCCUGAACAAGUUGUUCGACACAGAGACAACGCCCUACAGAUACAGUAUGAUCGACGAUGACGAUGACAGUAAAGGCCGACCGCCUUCGGAUCUCGUCCUUCGCGACUUCAACCCAGGCGCUCCGAAUAGGGAGACAGUCAUUGAUCUGGACUUUUCUCUCCCGUCCACCGACCAUGUCCCUAGUAUUGAUCUUGGCGAAGUGCCAACUAUCAAGGCGAAUCGAAUCAAGAGCUUGCUACGAGAAAUGGAAGAGGAGGACGCACGUGAGAUUGAACGCGAGCAAGAGCUGCGUGAACAGCAAGAGUUUGAGGCGGAGAACCAACUCACGAAGCGUGCGACUCGAGAUUGGAAGUUCCCGUCUGCAGCAGACAAUCGCAAGACGCGAGAGUGGACAUUCCCAUCAAUGGAUGCACCAGCGGAAGAACCGGGCACAACGGAAGAUCUGGAUAAUCGGAAGACGAUGGAGUGGUCGUUUCCAGCAGCCGAACCAAAUCGCAAAACUAUGGAAUGGUCAUUUCCAGCCGCUGAGCCACCGAAACCAAACAGGAAAACGGUUGAAUGGACGUUCGACGCUGCUAUGGCAGAAGCACAAUAUGAUGCUCCGAGAAAUCGCACAUCCCGUCGUCGCGAGACGAAGGAGUAUAACUUUUCUACAGCGACCACGGCAAUAGACGAGAACAGGAGCACCAUGGACUUUUCGUUCCCCAUGCGCAGUCCAAGCCCCAAGCAGAGACAAAAUGGCAGUGGUUCUACGCAUGACUACUCAUCACCACCAACGCUUCGGUCUGGAUUCCGCCCGAGUCUACGACAAGCUGCGACUGAACCAACCUCUGAUGGUUUCCCGCGUGUGAGCUCUGACCCCAACUCACCUCUGCGUUCAUCAAUGAUAGAUUUGGACAUGGCCACGGUUGAGGACUAUCGCCCAUCGACAUCAGGUUCAGAGUCAACGUACCCUGCUUCCAUUUACACUGCGAAUGAUAACCCCUUCAAUCUUGAAGAUCAGGUCCAAUUGUCACAGAACAAUCAUCGUGCUUCUUUUCAUAUGAAGUCGCAGUCUGAGCCCAACCACGCAGUCCCGGGCCUCCUCACACCGCAACAAUAUGACGAACAGGGCCUACCAACGAACCAGGAUCCGCACCAUCCAAGUAUGCAUGCUCGUGGUGUAUCCUCAGUAUCGCAGAUGCAAGCGCACAACAAACCACCCGCAACCUCGAUCCCGCCCCUCAACUCACACCACUCCCACCAACGCUCCCAGCAAAUAUGGGACGGCUGGUCACACACUCACGCAUAUGGCCUCGGCUCCGACGAUCAAUCCCCCGCAAUGAGCGUGACCACCGAUACCUCGCUUUCAGAAGAAGAUGUAGACGAGCUCUGGGAUAACUUCGAGCGGCUGACCCUACACGCGCAGCGGAAAUUUCAGUCCUACGGCCCGCUCCGCUCAGCACGCCGCCUUGGCAACACAAGUGUCGACGAGUCGUCCGAUCCGCGUAUGGCCAGUCUACACUUAGGCAUCGGUAGUGAUACAGACGAAACCUACCCCUACACUGCCGAGUCUGACUCAUCCUCCCCGUCGUACGCGUACCACCGCCUCAGCAGAGUCAGCGCAGGCCCCAAUGGGCGCCCCCUCGUCGACUUUCCUGUACCGCGGGGCCCAGAUGUUGAGGCCCUACUUGGAGUGGACAGUGACCCGCGAGUGCUGCAGGAGUUGUUACUCAAGGGUGCGAUAGAGUUGCGCGACGGCACAAGGGCAAGUAGAGAUCUGCUCAGGGCGAUGAAGCUGAGCGAGGUCGAGGAGGGUGAGAUUGAGAUCGACCAGAGCACAGUCCGAAUGUCGAGUCGUGGAGGGGAGUAA